GGAUUCUAUUCGUCAGCUGUUUGGAUUGUCAACCAUUUUUCGCUUCGUGUUCUUGGCGAAAAUUAAAGUCGAACGCGUAAUUCGCUUAUUAUUUUUAAGGAGUGCAUGCCCGAAUAAUAGAAGCAUAUUGUGCGCGAGCAUGCAAGCGGAGAUAGAGUGGAGGAGUAGAUAACAGAAAGCAAAGUGACGCUCGAAAAGUGACAGAUAGAAGCGCUAGAAGAAGCUGGAGCACAACGCGGACCUUUGUUGUUGUGACUGCUACGGAUCUGGGGGAAAGGCACCUUCCACGCCCUCCAAGAACACACCCAAACACACACGUGCCUGCUGCCCACUUUGGUCAUGAGCGGCGCACGGGAUCAGGCGGAUCCCCCGCUGCUGCAGCUCGAGGACGAGGAGGACCUCAUCGGGGACUUUGUCAAGAGCCAAACGCCGCCCAGCAGCCAGCUGGCUCCGCUCCUGAAUGGCUUCGAGUCGACAAGCAACCAGUUGACUACAAAAGUAGAGAUCAACACUAUUGGCUUGGGCAAACGGAAGACCAAAAGGCGAGGCAGGAAGGAGCGGGAACCCAUGCUACUGUCUGUUAACGAUGACGAGGACGAAGCGGAGGUGCCAGAGGAGAGGAACCACACAAACGGCCUGCCUUCGGGCGAGGAGAGUGCCGGGGGUGAUGCCGUGCUUCAGAAACCGCAUGUCAAUAAGUUGGUCGUGCUCCACGACGACCUCACCGACGACGGCGACGACGAAGAUGGCGAGGAGGAAGUGCUGCUGAAGAGGAGCUCCAACCUGCGCAACCAGAGAUUCAAAGGUCGCGCUGAUGAGAGCACCGAAGGCAACAGCCAGCAGACACAGAUCAUUAGUCACAUCGCACCCCCGAAAGCAGCCACAUCUGCACCGACAGCGGCAUCUCCGUUGAAAACCACUGCGCACAUUGCCCUCGCCCGUCAUCCGCAUGACGAGGCCGACGACAUCUGCCUGGUGCCAGAAAUCGACUUCGAGGGCAUGUCCACGGACGCGGGCAGCGACAACCGGGAGUCGCAGCCGCUCCUGGGUGGCGGCAGUGUCAGCCACGGAAGCCGCAUCAGCGAUCUUCUGGGUGGACUUGGACGCGGGCACGAUCAUUUGGACUUUGUUUCAAACACAUUUGGCGAUGAUCCGCUUUUCUCAGAGAUUGUGGCGAAGGCGGAGGGAGCCAUCGAGCAUGGUGUGCUGCCGGAGCGCAUUUACCAGGGUAGCAGUGGUUCCUAUUUCGUCAAGGAUGCCUCCCAUCAAUGCCUUGCUGUCUUCAAGCCAAAGGAUGAGGAACCCUAUGGCAGACUGAAUCCAAAGUGGACCAAAUGGAUGCACAAGCUGUGCUGCCCCUGUUGUUUCGGCCGUGCUUGUUUGAUUCCCAAUCAGGGGUACCUUUCCGAAUCAGGUGCAAGCUUAGUUGAUCGCAAGCUCAAUCUAAAUGUGGUUCCGAAGACGCGUGUGGUCAGACUGGUGGCCGAGAGCUUCAACUAUGCCCGCAUCGAUCGCCAGAAGGCCAAGCUGAAGAAGCGCAUCAAGGAGCAUUACCCAUCGGCCCACUUCAACCGCAUGAGCCUUCCUCUAAAGACUGGCUCCUUCCAGCUCUUCGUGGAGGGAUACAAGGAUGCGGACUACUGGUUGCGUCGCUUCGAAAGCGAACCCUUGCCGCCGUCGGUGGCCAAGUCCUUUCAGGUGCAGUUCGAACGCCUCGUUGUCCUGGAUUACAUCAUUCGCAACACGGACCGGGGCAACGAUAACUGGCUGAUAAAGUACGUCGCUCCCAAGAUCACGGGCCAGGUGGGCGGCACCGGUGGCCGGACCAUGCACGGUGUAGUGCGUCCCAAGAUGCCCGGUGCCAUGGCAGCUUCGGAAAUCGUUGACCUAAACGAUGGUGUCCCAAGAAGCCAUCCAGCGGGAGAAGCAGCCACCAAUGGGCAGCAUGACAGCAGUAGCCUGGCCAGCAGCGAGGAUGAGCCCUCCUCAAGAUCGCCAGCCUCGGAGCGCGAUUGGAACGUGGUAAACUCGGCCUUCAUCCGGAUCGCAGCCAUCGACAAUGGGCUGGCCUUUCCCUUCAAGCACCCGGACUCGUGGCGAGCCUAUCCCUACCAUUGGGCAUGGUUGCCGCAGGCGAAGAUUCCAUUUAGCGACGAAAUCAAGGAUCACGUGCUGCCCCAGUUGUCAGACAUGAACUUUGUAGAGGAGAUUUGCACGGAGCUGUUGUACCUGUUCCAGCAGGAUCGUGGCUUUGACAAGCGUCUGUUUGAACGACAGAUGUCUGUGAUGCGCGGCCAAAUCCUCAAUCUCACCCAGGCACUGAGGGAUGGCAAGUCGCCGGUGCAAUUGGUUCAAAUGCCAGCCGUAAUUGUGGAGCGAUCCAGCGGCAGCCGUUUCUUUUCGUUUACGCAGCGCUUCCAAAACAAGAGUCCUUUCUUCUCUUGGUGCUAAAAGGCCAUGGAGGAACCCCUGCUUACCCCACCAAAAACCAAAUCGUGCAGUCCGGUCCUGCAGCCUCAUCACCAUCAUGUAAAUGCGCUUCGUUGUUGUCUAGUAUAUUUCUAAAUCGUAAUCAGUUGCUGUCGGCGAAGAGCCCAGAAACGUAUUUUGUUGUAUAUUUUAGUUUUCAUUUGGCCAAAACACCCAUAAUGUUAUAUGGAAUAAUUUAAUAAUGCUUUUGUGGUUUUGCUUACACCUACCAUUUACCAUCUAGAAAAUAUCUUUUGUUUGUCAUGUGUUUGUAUAAUCAAUUGUUUAUGCAUAAUAUAAGAUGAAAUCGAAA